CAAGGGUCGGCCGCGAUGAGCCUGCCGGCUCUCACAAUCACACGGUGCCACCACGGGCUCAACACCGCCGCUUUUCUUCUCCGGGGCUCGGCAGAUGGAUGGUUCCGAUGAACUCCAAGUAUCGCGUAAACAUACCCCUGGGCUUGGAGUCGCUGCUGGAGGGUCUCGCUGGAGCCGUUUUGAGGGAGCAACCGGUCGAUAUCUACCGAUUCGCAGCUGAGUACUUCGAAAAACUCCUCGCAUCUAGAGAUGAAGCAUCCGCGAGACCAGAAACAAAGCGCCUUCAAACCAGCAAACCGCAUAAUAUGCUGCACGCGUGUGAAAUAUUGAGGUUCUACCGUCAAACUUGACUCCGCUCUCAAAGGAAGAAAGAACUCGACUGUUAAAUAUCACUCAGUCAAGUUCAUCGAGGCGUUCAAUUAAAUUGAGUCACUUUCAUUUUUCAGGAUAAAUGAGACCAAAUUGUUGUUAAAUUGUUCCGUGCCUCAUAAGCAACAAUCUCGGUGCAACACAUUCUUGUCAGCUGCUUCAGUCUAUACAUUAGAGGACGCAAAAUCUACAACUUAAUCCCGAAACACUUUCCGAGUGCUGCACAGAUGACCUCCGAUGAUCACCGUGUCACUACCAAAA